CUCUGGUUACUGGCCCGCUGCCAGUGCCUCUCAGGGCCAAAGUUUUAUCUAUAGGGAUAUAUUUUUCAAGCCAGCUGCUCACACAGAGAGAAUCCCCGCUGCUGGGGCGAGCUCGGCCGGAGCUGCUCGUCGGGCUCCCGCUGUCAGGAUGGAUUUAUGGCUUUAAAAGGAGUCAGGAGGGGGGAGGAAGGAGAAUUAGGAUUGCCUGCAGGAGCCGGAGCUCGCAGCACAACUCCCGGGGAUCUCCAGGAUGGCAGCGGGACCAUGAGUGACCCCAGGCUCUGGAUCUGCCUUCACAGAGCCCAGCCCGUGGAUUUGAGCUGCUUUAAACCCAGCACCAGGCUUUGCUAUGUUGGCCAAGGCGGUGCUUUCCCUCGGGCUGUGGCUGCGGCUCGCUGCGGGACAGGACACACCUGAGCCAGGCCCCCAGCCAUCCAUCUCCAACACCAAGGGCGACCUCCUCUUCCUGCUGGACAGCUCUGCCAGCGUCUCCCACUAUGAGUUCUCCAGGGUCAAGGAGUUCAUGUGGGACCUUUUACACCCUUUCACCUUUGGCCCUGGGGACAUCCAGACCAGCAUCAUCCACAUCAGCACCACCCCCACCAUGGAGUUCCCGUUUGACCAGUACCAGACCAGUGGCACCCUCAGAGAAGCCAUCAGGGCCACGCGGCAGCUGAUGGGCGACACCAACACGGGCAGGGCUCUGUCCUUGGCCAAGGAAAAGCUGCUCAGCAGCCAGGCCGGGGCCAGGCCGGGCGUGCCCAAGGUGCUGGUGUGGGUGACCGACGGCUUCUCCAGCGACGACAUCUCGGAGCCCACGCGGCUGCUGAAGGACGCGGGCGUCACCGUCUUCAUCGUCAGCACCGGCCGCGGCAGCUUCCUGCAGCUCUCGGCGGCCGCCAGCGCCCCGGCGGACACGCACCUGCACUUCGUGGACGUGGACGACCUGCCCAUCAUCACCCCGCAGCUCAGGGCUGCCAUCCUAGAUGUGCUCCAGGCCAGCCGGCUCCACGCCACCGAUGUCACCUCCAGCAGCUUCCGCCUGCUGUGGCCCAAGCUCCUGUCCCAGGAAACUGGCUACUACAGCCUGGAAUAUGGCCCAAGAGCCGACCCAGCAGGGAAGAGGACACAGCAGGUGUCUGGGGCUCUCACCAGCCUCGUGCUCAGCGACCUCACCCCAGAAACCACCUACGAGGUGGCUCUGAUUCCUGAGUCCAACGUGCACUACUUCCCCCCCCAGAGCACCAGGGUCACCACACUGGCAGAGGAAAUCAGCCCAGUUCAGGUGCUCAUCUCGGACUCCGGGCCUCGCAGCUUCCACGUCAGCUGGGCUCCUGUGCUGGACAGCGUGGCCAGCUACCAGGUGCUCUACGGGCCACUGCCAGGGAACUCAGUGCAGGUGCUGCAGGUGGAUGGGAGGCACAACAGCACCCUGGUGGAGCAGCUGGCUCCCAACACCACCUACCUGGUGACAGUGACGGCCGUCUACAGAUCUGGCAAGGAGAGAUCCCUGUCAGCCAAGGCCUGCACCCAGGAGGAGGGCUCCCAGGUGCCUCACCUGCGUUUCGAGGCCAUGGGUCCCAGCACGCUGCGAGCCUCGUGGGACGCCGCCCCCGGGGCCGUGCGGGGUUACCGGCUGCGCUGCCGGCGGCGCGGGGGCCGCUCCUCGGCGCUCAGCGUGCCCCCGCAGGUGCGCAGCGUGCUGCUGGGAGAGCUGCCCCCGGGCUCCUCCGGCAGGGUCUGCGUGCAGCCCGUCUACAGCGGCCAGCCCGGCCGGAGCCUCUGCCGCACCGUGCACCGGCCGCCAGGUACAGAGGCUCAAGGAUACAGGCACACAGAGAGUGACAGACUGCAGUGAGCUGAUUCCCAGCACAGCAAGGGAUCUUGCUUGGACAAAGACUUGGACCAAAAGGAGGAGCCAAGGGAGGAAAGCACCUCCUCUCCCAGCCAGUGCUGUCCCUUGAGGUGUCCUGCUUGUCCAGCCCAAAUCCUGUCCCCUGCCAAGUUCUCCCAGAGCUGAGAGGCUUGGCCUGGCUGCAUGGAACAACCAAUCUGACUAAAAGAUGCCAAAUCUGUACCCAUUUCAUAUAAACACGCCUGACAAAUAACAAACCCAAGGCAAAGUGAUGGAUCCUCACUAUUGCUUGCUUGCUGCCUGUUCUCUAUUUAUUAAAGGUCGAUGCAGAUUUAUUUUUGCAGCUUAUGAGCACAUCCAGGACUGUUUAGUGCCCUGGCUGCUCAUCCAGGGUUCUCACAGAAAGAUUCCACGUGGCCAGAUCCAUUCCUGCUGCCAACAGCCAGGGAACCUGGAGUGGGAGAGAGCAGGAAACCCAAAAUCCUGGGGAUGUGCUCUCAGCCCUCAGCUGAGCUCAAGGAGCAGCUGAGAGCCCAGAAAAACCAGACAAGACCAUCUAAAGCACUUAUUUUUGUUCUUAUUCUGUGGUCCUGCCUGCAUUGCUCUGGCGUUCCUGCAAUCCCUUUUCACCACAUGGGAGUCCUGCUGUCCUCAUGGAGAUUAAUUAGCCUGUUCUGUAACUAAUUACAGGCAAUAAGUCUCCAGCACUAUCAUUCCUCUGCACUCUGAACACACACAGCACAUCUCUGGUGUUUGUCUUGGGCUUCCACCCAGUGCUGAGCUUGAGCUCCACUUAAAAAUCAGAGGUUUUAAGGGAGAAGAGUAAAUCUGAUUAUUUUCCUUUUGGCCCCAGGCUUGAACUUGCUGUCUCUAAGCCACUCUGGAAUGGGGAGCUGAAGAAAAAAAAAAAAAAAAAAAAA